AUGAUAUUUUAACAAAAUUCAAGAAAAGGGAAAAUUCAGUGCGAACAGGGAAUGUUAGAGCGGGAGGUCAACCAACAAAUCUAUGAUAUAAUCUACCCAAUCUAUUCGUUUCCAUUCCAUAUUCAUGGCGGCAUCGCAGGUCCCCAUAUAGAAUAUCCGUCGGCUAAAAACCUUCUGAGGAGAGGCUGGUAGAUAUUUUUGGUAGGUUGAUGCUCUACCAUAUAACCUGAACUCUUAUCAAGAUCUGGGAACUUCGGAAUCCUAGAGAUUCCGCGACGGACUUCAGGACAAGGCCUAAUCAUUGAUUGAUUUUUAGUUUCCUUUUCUUCUGCUAUUAAUGGAAAUAUUAUGAUGAUAAUUUUAUAAGAUGCUUCUGGUGGAUUACUGAUGGAGUUUUUGGUUUUUGUGGAAAAAGUAAUGGUUCUUCCGUGCUAUUGGAUUAACCGCUAUUGAUUGAAAGUGUUUCUGGACUGCCGAUAUCAAAUGCUAUUCGACUGAAAGGAAUCUGAGUUUUCGAUAGAGUGGAAGGGCUAGGUCAAGCUAAAAUAGAGGCUCGGACUAUAUUCACAGUGCAAAUCCACGGUGAGCCCCGCUUGCAUGGGAGAUUUUAAUUCUGAUUACACACUGGACGAGGUGCUCACAGCCUUUGGCUUUGGUAAAUAUCAUGGGCUUUUGCUUGCUUAUGGAGGACUGGGUUGGAUUGCAGAAAGCAUGGGGAUGAUGAUUCUAUCAUUUAUUGGAUCAGCAGUUCAGACUGAGUGGCAUUUGUCUACUGGUCAGAAGAGCCUUAUAUCAACUGUAGUCUUUGGCGGAAUGUUAGUUGGGUCAUAUUUGUGGGGCGUCGUAUCUGAUUCUUAUGGAAGGAAGAAGGGCAUUCUAGGUGUGGCUACUAUUACAGCUGUUGCCGGCUUAUUAAGUGCCUUUUCACCUAAUUACAUUUCAUUAAUCAUUCUUCGUGGCAUUUCUGGAGUUGGUCUUGGAGGCUUGUAUAUAUUUACCUCAUGGUUUUUGGAAUUCGUCCCAGCACCAAGUAGAGGUUCUUGGAUGAUUAUUUUUUCAAGCUUUUGGACGCUUGGAACAAUAUCUGAGGCUGCUCUUGCAUGGGUUGUGAUGCCCAAUUUUGGCUGGAGAUGGCUGAUAGGUCUUUCUUCUGUACCAACCUUUAUUGUACUUCUCUUGCAUCCUUUUGUACCAGAGUCCCCAAGAUUUCUCUGCAUGAAAGGAAGAAUCAAUGAAGCUCAAAAUAUUCUGGAGAAAAUAGCAUGGUCUGGUGGAGCAAUGCUCCCAUGUGGAUCUCUUGUUUAUAAUCAACCACAGAAUCAUAUUGAUAAGGAUCUUAAUGAAAUUUCAGAAAAUGACCGUCUGGUCUCCCCGGGAAUGGAUAAUGGACAUGACUGCCAUGCCAGUUCCUCUUCGGCGGCCUUACUGUUCUCUUCAAAAUUAAUCAAAACAAACAUUCUAUUGUGGUUUUUGUACUUUGGGAAUACAUUUGCAUAUUAUGGCAUUAUAUUGCUGACCUCAGAACUGAGUAAUCAAAAGGAAUGCAAAACAGUUGCAGUUCAUUCGGACAACAUCCAGAGUGACAGCCUCUAUGUAGAUGUAUUUGUCACCAGUUUAGCAGAGGUUCCUGGCCUUGUUAUAUCAGCCUUCAUCGUGGACAGAGUGGGCCGCAAGCUUUCAAUGGUAAUCAUGUUUGUACUUGCUUCAAUCCUACUCCUUCCAUUGUUGAUCCAACAAAGUGAGUCUUUGAGCACGGGUUUACUGUUUGGAGCGCGCACAUUUGUCUCAGCAACAUUUGUUGUUGCCUUCAUUUAUGCUCCUGAGGUUUACCCAACGCAAAUCCGAGCAACUGCUGUUGGAAUAGCUUGUGCUAUAGGGAAAAUUGGUGGGAUGGUAUCCCCUCUUGUUGCAAUUGGGUUGAUUAAUGGCUGUCAUCAAGCAUAUGCUGUGGUUCUGUUUGUGGUCACAAUACUCUUAUCUGCACUCAGUGUUUGGCUCACUCCGUUUGAGACGACGGGGAAGAAUCUGGAUGAAGCAUUGUGAUUGAUGAUUGAUAAUGAUGAUAUGAUUUUUGAAAUAUAUCUCACUUAGUUUGUCUACAAUAAAUCCAUAAACCAGAAUGAAUUUCAUCACUGUUCCAAGUUCUUUUGUAUCCCCAAUUCUUGAGGUUACCCUUGGUAUGUUAGAUUACAGUAGCAUGGGGGUACCUAAAUACCUAUGUAAUAAGACACAUCUACAUUCUUUAACUUUCUGUCGAUAGUGAAACUCUAUGCAUCUAGCCCUUACGUUUAUGAAUGAAGGAAAUCUCUCUGUUCUUUCU